AUGGAUGAAGUUAAUAAUACUGGCUCGACCCCUCAUGGCUCUCUACCACCGCGUCCUCCAGCGAAGAGUCUUCCGUCUGUGAGCCGUUUGUUUCCUCACCGAUCUAGAACAGAGGAUGAGAACAGAGCUACAAAUGUGUCCUUCAGACAAGCAGAUAACUCUGUUCUCCAGAGCCCUCACUAUAACCAAAGCAGUGGAGAACUCUAUUUUGAUCAGUGUUUCAGAGUGGAGAGAAGACUAGGAGCUGGAUCAUUUGGAGAAGUUUUCAAGGUCCAGAGUAAAGAAGAUGGCGGGUAUUACGCGGUCAAGAGAUCAAGAGAUAGGUUCAGAGGAGAGUCGGACAAGAGGAGAAAGCUAGAAGAAGUGAAGAAACACGAGAGUCUUUCCAAACACCCCAACUGUGUGGAGUUCUAUAAGGCAUGGGCUGAGAGGGGACAUUUAUAUAUACAGACUGAACUCUGCAAAAUGACCUUGCAGUCUUAUGCUGAACAGAAUCACAAGAUUCCUGAACAUAUCCUCUGGAGCUUCUUAGUGGAUCUUAUUCAGGGAUUACACCACAUGCAUUCACACGGUCUGUUGCAUCUGGACAUUAAACCAGAGAACAUCUUCAUAUCUUUUGAUAAAGUCUGCAAGCUGGGGGACUUUGGACUGUCUGUUCAAAUGAAUGAACGUGAUUUCACUGAUGCUCAAGAAGGAGAUCCUAAAUACCUAGCACCUGAGCUUUUACAAGGUCACUUUGGAAUGCAUGCUGAUGUUUUCAGCUUAGGUAUAACGAUCUUCGAGCUCGCCAGCGACUUAGAGCUUCCUCGUAAUGGAGACUCCUGGCAUGAUCUACGAAGGGGGAGGAUACCAUGGCAACUAACGGCUGGUAUUUCAUCUGAUCUGAAAGGAUUGAUAAAAAGUAUGAUGAAUCCAGACUUUCAAAAGAGACCAUCCCUUGCUGAAUUGAUGGAGACUAGUGUAGUUCAACGUACUAUUGCCUGGCAGAGAAGAAAGAGGGCGCUGUGCAGAAUGUGGAACAAGUUUCAAGGAUUCCUUUCGCUUCUAUUCACCCUGCUGAGUGCUGCUGUCUUCAAGAUCUUAUCCCCAUCCAAGCAUAGUAUGAACCAAGAUGAGAUCGAUGCCCCUGUGAUCAAACACAGACACCCGUCAUCAUGGGAUCUCAGCUUUUCAGAUGAUGAGAUAUUUGAGAGUGACAUAUCACACGGUUCCUUGGGUUGUCCUUUGGGCAGUCUUUCAUUCUCUAGUGAGGAAGAUGCCUGCAACAUCCAACAUACAAAACCUAUUCAUAACAGGAGACCGGUAAGCCCUGGCUUUGAAGUUCCUGGUCUAUCCUUCUCCAGCUGCAAUAUCUGGUCAGUUGAGGACUUGGGGGCUUUGUGUCAGGAGUGGUCUUGGUAGUGGCGGUGGCAAUGGUGAUGGCAGUGGCAGAAGCAGACUUGGUGGUGGUGGCAUUAGUAGCACUGAUGGUGGUGGCAGCAGUGGUGGUGGUGACUGCAAUUGCAGCAUUGUUGAUGGUGGUAUACGCCUCAUCACGACCAACAUUUGCUCCUGCUGCCAUCUAUUAUGUUUUAAGUAGAAUAAACAUUAAAACAUUUGAUUAUUAACACAUCAACUUCAGAACACUAGUAUAUUGAUAAUAAAACUAGUAGAUAUAGCAGUCAAAGCAUAAAAUGAAAUUCCACAGAAGAGUACAUGUACCUUCUUCUAAUAGAUUUCAGACCACCUUGAUGAUGUUAUGCUCAAAGCAAGGUUUUUAUUUGACAACAUUGGUCAAAGAGGAACAUAAAUUUAAAUCUUUGGUUGAUCAAUAGUACUGUACAAUACCCCAUUCAGAUAUACGUUGACCAAUUAUUUCUUGUUGAAACACAUAUGUCUUUGUUAUCAAUCUUGUAGGGUAUAGAGAGCAUGCUGAUUCUAUAGCUAUCAGUGUUGUGUACCGAGGACGGCCUCGGGACCAGAAUUUGCGUCCUCGGCCUCAAAGCCUGAUGUCUCGGCCUCAGUCGCUCUGUCUUGAUGUCUCGGCUCCGAGGCCUGACAAAUGCAGUCAUUUCCAGCACAUAAAUUGUGUCCAUCAUCAACGCAAUGUGAAUUUCUAAUGCACACAUUAUUAUUAGAUCUAGAUUCCACCCCACCCCCUCUCUGUAGAUUAUAUAUACCGGUAAUAUCUAUAUAUUUUGCCUGUUUUUUUAAUUAAUUCUAUUUAUUUAUUUUCAAUUUUUUACAUUCAUUUAUUUAUUUUUUCUUGAGGGGGGGUCAAUGGUCAAUUGAAUUUAACAAAAAACAUGCAAAUAUUUUUAGCGGUCUCUGUCUCGGCUGACCCAGCCUAGGAUACAACACUAAUAGUUAUGCAUUUAGAUAUGAUUCACACAUAGAAGUGUUGUAUUGUCUAAAUUAAAAAAAAAAAUGGUCUAUUGAGAGACACAUUCCUAACGUCGAUGCAUAAACUAUGUUAUGUAAGCUAAAAAAAAAAGUAGCCCCGGUAUCGAUCUGCCAUUUUGUUUUCAAUUUUGAAAGCAGAACAAAAGCGACAUAACUUUCGCCUUUUUUGAGCUUACACUUUAUGCAUCGAUGAUAGUAUUGUGUCACGAUAGAUCUUCAUCCAUGUAAUAGAGGCAAGUGCAUAAUUUUCCCCCUUUAAUUUGGGGUGAUAUGGUGACCACAAUUCUACCCCAUUUGUCUGCCAACUAGCCAGGAGCUGUCCGUGUAAUACACGGACAGCUCCUGGGCUGCAGCCCGUACAGCGGGCCGCAGUUGCCUGGGUUACUCGAAAUAUAUCACAAAAUCAGAUUUUGUAUAGAGUCUAGAUCUAGAAGUACUUAGAUCCUCUAAAAAAGGCCCAAAUUUUUGCUAACUGACUCAGCUUUAAAAAAAAAUUAAUUUUGCCUUUUUGUAUUACUGUCUGGCCACUAAACUGUUUAUACUCGCAAGCCACCCACCCCCCCCCCCUG